GGCUCGAGCCCCAUAAGACAAAGUCGGGCAAAAAGUUUCUCUACUUUUAUUUCGCCGGGAAUUCUCUAAAGUUUUAAAUCAACCGUACAACUUGCCUCAACGGUGUUGAGUUAAUCUUUCUGUUCUUUUGUUUCACAUAAUGGCAGAAUCUGAUUUUGACAAGACUCAGUAUAUUAUACCAAAUGAGGCGAACAUCAACUUCUUGGAAUGUCGCACGGCGUUCGGCGGUCUGACCGAAAAGGAGAAAUGCUAUGCUCAUUAUCUUUACAAGGCUUCGUGGGAGGGAGCCCUGAUUUGUCUGCUGCAGACUUCCCCAGAAGCGCCCGGCAUUUUUCUCCUUUUCCAAAAACUGUUCUCUUCUGAAAGUGUUGGUUCUUUAAAGGAAAAAGCUCUAAAAUCAAGCGUUGCUCCAACAGAAGAAGAGUUUACGAGUUUCCUUACAUAUGUUGCCGCUUUUUAUGGCAACAUUGGAAACUACAAAUCAUUUGGAGAUACCAAGUUCAUUCCCAAUUUGCCUAAGGAAAAGUUUCAAACAAUUGUUUUCUCCAGCCAAGCCUAUGCUACCAAUGCUAAGUCAGUGGUGACAUUAUGGAGUGAUUGUUGUGAGGCCAUGUAUUCACUGAAGCCCAAACUACGGCAGUUAGGAUUUGGGGAACAGGGAAUAUCUACCUACUACUCCAGCAACUGUAACAAAUCUGACGCUGAAUUCAUCCAAGGGUUUCUCAAAGAAAAGAAUAUUGAGGGGUGGAACACAAGGCUGUUUAAGGAAAUAAAUGACAAAGGACAUGUUACCUAUAACCUCCGCUUGGCUUCAACAGCAUUGUCAGCGGAAGAUUGCAGCGCGGAAAAGAAAGAUGUUGUGGCUUCACUGGUAAAAUCCUAUGAGUACCAAGGAACAACAGUCAAGAUCACCCGUGGCGAUUAUGCUGGACUUCUAAAGAAAGUUGUUGAUAAUUUGAUCAUGGCAAAGGGAUUUGCCAGCAAUGAGAAUGAGGUUGCUAUGCUGGAUCACUAUGUGCACAGCUUUACUACAGGCUCUGUGGAGGCACACAAGGAUGGCUCCAGACACUGGAUCAGAGACAAAGGCCCUGUGGUAGAAACUUAUAUUGGAUUCAUUGAGUCAUACAGGGACCCCUUUGGAGUUAGAGCAGAGUAUGAAGGUUUUGUGUCAAUAGUAAACAAGUCCAUGAGUGCCAAGUUUGCAGACCUGGUGUCAAGUGCGGAGACACUGCUUCCCCAGCUACCAUGGCCAAGCUCAUACGAGAAAGAUACCUUUCUACGCCCUGACUUUACCUCACUUGAUGUCCUUGGCUUUGGAAGCAGUGGAAUACCAGCCGGGAUCAACAUCCCAAAUUAUGAUGAGAUUCGCCAGGACGAGGGCUUCAAGAAUGUAUCCCUUGGUAACGUGCUGUCGGCCCAUUCUGCUGACCAGAAAAUCACUUUUCUUACAGAGGAGGAUGCUGAGUUAUAUUCUAAGCUUAAAGCACCCUCAUUUGAAGUUCAAGUUGGUCUUCAUGAACUUCUUGGUCACGGCAGUGGAAAACUAUUCAUAAAGAAGCCUGAUGGUUCCUACAACUUUGACCACAAGAGUGUUGUAAAUACAGAAACAGGCGAGAAGAUCCAAAGCUGGUACACUGAGGGUGAGACUUGGUCCACCAAGUUUGCUGAGCUCAGCUCUUCCUAUGAGGAAUGCCGUGCUGAGUGUGUUGGCAUCUACUUGUGUUUGAACAAAGAUGUCCUCAGGAUCUUUGGUCACGAGGGUGCGGCAGGUGACGAUAUCGUCUAUGUCAACUGGCUUAACAUGGUGCGUGCAGGGCUUCUCGGCCUGGAGUUCUACACCCCAGAGAACAACAAAUGGAGACAGGCCCACAUGCAGGCUCGUUAUGUCAUCUUGCGUGUGCUCCUCGAGGCUGGUGAGCAGCUGGUACAGCUGACUCGUAUCACAGGCUCAGACGGCAAGCCUGACAUUCUAGUCAUGCUGGAUCGUAAUAAGAUCUCUUGCGUAGGACAACCUGCCAUUGGCGCGUUUCUCAGGAAGCUACAGGUAUUCAAGUCUACUGCUGACUACGCAUCUGGCAAGGAUCUGUAUGACAAGUACUCAGCGGUGGAUGCUCACUUCCUGGAAAUGCGGAAUAUUGUACUGGCCAGGAAGACCCCCCGUAGGAUGUUCGUCCAGUCACAUACCACAAUCCAAGAUGGGGUGGUAUCUCUGAAAGAGUUUGAAGCAAGUGCAUCUGGAAUGAUUGCGUCGUUCAUUGCGCGGUUCCCAGGAGAUGAUCCUGUGCUUGAGAAACUCUGGCGGGAAGAUCUUCCCUACCACCAGUACUAAACAACACCCUAUCACCAGUACUUAGCGUUACCCCCAUUACCAGUACUUAGCGGCACCCCCAUUACCAGUUAUUAGCGACACCCCAUUACCAGUACUAAACAACACCCUAUCACCAGUACUUAGCGGCACCCCCAUUACCAGUACUUAGCGGCACCCCCAUUACCAGUACUUAGCGGCAUCCCCAUUACCAGUACUUAGCGGCACCCCCAUAACCAGUACUUAGCGUCACCCCCAUUACCAGUACUUAGCGACAUCCCCAUUACCAGUACUUAGCGACACCCCCAUUACCAGUCACCCCAUUACCAGUACUUAGCGACACCCCAUUACCAGUCACCUCAUGACCAGUUCUGAACGACACCCUACCGCCAGUACACAGGACUUUACACACUAAGUUGCAACAGGACGUGUGUUCAAAUUUUAUUUAUCAGGAUUUUAUUGUAUUAGAUGCAUGUUCCUCAAGCUUCUGAUUAUCUGUACCACGAUCGCACAAUAAUAAAUUGUUGUUUAUUUCGA